GGGUCAGUCAGUCGCUCCCUGUCGCUGCCGGAGCGUCUUGGUCUCAGCUUCUUCUCCUUUCCUCCGUGCGCCGAGGCGGCUGCUCGGGCUCUUUGGGGAGGGGGCGACAGAAAGAGAGAGACGGACUUAAUAAAGUUUCCUGAAACAACAACUGCUACCACCAGCGGCCCAAGGGGGGCGACCCCGUCCGUCCCCGCCCCUCUCCAGCCUGAGGGACCGUUGCAGGUGGAGCGGCGCCGGGGGGAGCCGCGCUCUGCCGCAGCCGUUGCCCGGCGAGGGGUGCCUCAGGUCUUGCCCGCUCCGGUUCCGGCCCCGGUGGUGGCGACCGCGGCUGCUGCGUGGCGGUUCCUCCUGUCAACUGCCUGCGCCCGCGCGCCGCCCGGCUGUCCGCUCCCAGCGCGGACGACCCCGUGGGCCGCCGCCGCCGCUCGGGCCAAGGCGCUUCCGCGUCCGGGCCGUCGGGGACUCUUUGGGAUCGCGUCGGGCCCGAGCGCCCGUCCCCUCGCGUGGUCCGCUGAGGCUGCGCCAGGUGGGGCCCGUUGCCGCGGCCCCGGCCGGCCUGCCUUCCGCCCGCCGCCCACCUUUGGAGUUGAUCGAGCCGCAAUGAAGAGCUUCUUACAGUGAAAGGAAAGUAGGUCGCGCCCACUGAAAAUGCCUUUAAGGGACAAAUACUGUCAGACUGACCACCAUCACCACGGAUGCUGCGAACCAGUUUAUAUCCUGGAACCUGGAGAUCCUCCUUUGUUACAGCAACCACUACAGACAUCCAAAUCUGGCAUUCAGCAAAUAAUUGAGUGCUUUCGAUCAGGAACUAAACAGCUUAAGCAUAUUUUAUUAAAAGAUGUGGACACAAUUUUUGAAUGUAAAUUAUGCCGCAGUCUCUUCAGAGGAUUACCAAAUUUAAUUACCCACAAAAAAUUCUACUGCCCACCAAGUCUCCAGAUGGAUGACAACCUUCCUGAUGUAAAUGACAAACAAAGCCAAGCCAUAAACGAUCUCCUAGAAGCCAUAUAUCCAAGUGUGGACAAGCGAGAAUAUAUUAUUAAACUAGAGCCCAUAGAAACGAAUCAAAAUGCAGUGUUUCAGUAUAUUUCAAGGACUGAUAAUCCCACUGAAGUCACAGAGUCAAGCAGUACUCCUGAACAAAUGGAGGUUCAAGUACAGGAAAGUAACACUGAACAGUCUAAAACAGCCCCGGUUCCAGAUGCUGAGGUGGAAACUAUAGAGCCCCCUCCUGUUGAGAUUGUUGAAGAUGAAGUCUCACCUCCUUCUGAUGAACAAACUCAGGAAUCACCAGCUGACUUGGAAACUUCUGAUAAUUCGGAUUUUGGUCACCAGUUGAUAUGUUGUCUUUGUAGAAAAGAAUUCAAUUCCAGACGAGGGGUUCGUCGUCACAUUCGUAAAGUACACAAGAAAAAGAUGGAAGAACUAAAAAAGUACAUUGAAACACGAAAAAAUCCAAACCAGUCCUCUAAAGGGCGUAGUAAGAAUGUUCUAGUUCCAUUAAGUAGGAGUUGUCCAGUGUGCUGUAAAUCAUUCGCUACAAAAGCCAAUGUGAGGCGGCAUUUUGAUGAAGUUCAUAGAGGACUAAGGAGGGAUUCAAUUACUCCCGAUAUAGCGACAAAGCCUGGGCAACCUUUGUUCUUGGAUUCUGUUUCUCCUAAAAAGUCUUUUAAGACUCGAAAACAGAAGUCAUCUUCAAAGGCUGAAUACAAUUUAACUGCAUGCAAAUGCCUCCUUUGCAAGAGGAAAUAUAGUUCCCAAAUAAUGCUUAAAAGACAUAUGCAAAUUGUACACAAGAUAACUCUUUCUGCAACAAACUCUAAAAGAGAGAAAGGCCCUAAUAAUACUGCCAACAGUACAGAAAUAAAAGUUAAAGUUGAACCAACAGAUUCUGUAGAAUCUUCACCCCCUUCUAUUACCCAUUCUCCGCAGAAUGAAUUAAAGGGAACAAAUCAUUCAAAUGAAAAAAAGAGCACACCGGCAGCCCAGAAAAAUAAAGUAAAACAAGACUCGGAAAGCCCUAAAUCAGCAAGUCCGUCUGCUGCAGGUGGCCAGCAAAAAACCAGGAAACCAAAACUUUCCGCUGGCUUUGACUUUAAGCAACUUUACUGUAAACUCUGUAAACGUCAGUUUACUUCCAAGCAGAACUUGACUAAACACAUUGAGUUGCACACAGAUGGAAACAACAUUUAUGUUAAGUUCUACAAGUGUCCUCUUUGCACUUACGAAACUCGGCGUAAGCGGGAUGUGAUACGACAUAUAACUGUGGUUCAUAAAAAGUCUUCCCGCUACCUUGGGAAAAUCACAGCCAGUUUAGAGAUCAGAGCUAUAAAAAAACCCAUUGAUUUUGUUCUAAAUAAAGUGGCAAAAAGAGGCCCUCCAAGGGACGAAGCAAAACAUAGUGAUUCCAAACAUGAUGGCACUUCUAACUCUCCUAGUAAAAAGUAUGAAGUUGCUGAUGUCGGUAUCGAAGUCAAAGUCACCAAAAACUUUUCUCUUCACAGAUGCAAUAAAUGUGGAAAGGCAUUUGCCAAAAAGACUUACCUUGAACAUCAUAAGAAAACUCAUAAGGCAAAUGCUUCCAAUUCACCUGAAGGAAACAAAACCAAAGGCCGAAGUACAAGAUCUAAGGCUCUUGUCUGAUAACUUCAAGUGAUGUACGAAAAGGUUUGGAGUUCAUUUUUGUGGAAAGACUUUAAAUUGGUGUUAGAACCACUAAACGUCUUCAAAUGGUACUUUAAGGAAAAAACAGAGAAUACCAUUUUCAUAAAUAGUCCACUAUAACUGCUGUUUCUGACCAAAUUAGUAAUCAUCUGACCACUGGCCUCUCAGGCCUUCGCUGCCUCGUCCAGCACUUUCAAGUCACUAUGACGUUACACAUUGUCACCACAGUCCUUUAGCUAACUACCCUUGACCUGUGCAUGUGGCCUGCCGAGUCUAACAAAAAAUUUGCCAAUUUUGUUUUCCAAACAGUUUAUUGAUUAAAGCCAUCAAGAGCCUGAAGAAAAAUAUCACCUCUGGUGAUUUUCUGUCAUAGGGAAUUUAGCUUUGUUCCACUGUAUUUGGCAGAUUUUUCAUCUGGAGUGUACAGAUAUAUAUGUAUAUAUAUAUAUUUUCUAGUUAGUAUAUGAUAAGAGCAAAAGGCAAACUAGUCUCAACAAAUUAUGAAUAUUUAGCUCACUAAAUAUUUGUAAUUAUUUUCACAUCAUUUAUUCCUAACUUAUUCUCCAGCAUUUAAAUGUUUGAAAGUUUCAUUCUAGAAAAGAUACUACAAGAAUGUACCAGUUCAUUUUCCUACGUGGAUCAUUAUAAUUUUCAUUUGUUAACAUCGGAGGUUUUUGUGAAAAUUAAACAUUCCCCCGUUUUUCUUUAAAUUUUAUACACAAGCACUUUAAUGAUAGAUGCAACUUUAAUUUUUCCAGUUACUUUUUUUUUUUUUUUAAGACCACACAUUUGCUAAUGUUAUAUGAAGGUAAUAAGUAAUUGCUGACAUUUUAUAGAUGCAGACAAUCCAUGCACAACUACUACUUAUGAUACUAGUUUCUUUCUUUAAACGUUGCUAAAAAGAUGGCGGUGGAAACACUGAUUUUUUUUUUUUUUUCUCUCCCAAGAAAAAUCUUAAAUGACCACUUUAGCUGAUAAUUGAUUCUUACUGUAAAACUUGGAGAAUAAUGAAUUCUUGUCCAUUUUUAUAAUCAAGAUUUUAGGAAAAACAGAAGUACAUCUAUCUUUAUGAAAUUUGGGGCAGGUUUUUUGUGUAUUAAUAUUUUGUACUUUUUAGGGAAUAUUUUAUUUUUUAGUAAUUUGUGUCAAAUUAUAAUUUUAAAAGAUACAACGAAAAUUAUACCAUGGUUUUAUAUAGGUUCUUACCUGUACUUAAGGAGGGACUCUGUCCAUACAUAUACUUUUGUAUAAAAUUUUAAACUGUUGAAAAUCCACAAGGUCAUAAUAAAAUGCUUCGAUAGCUAGAAAAACAUGUACCCUUCCUAGUGCUUUGCACUGAACUAUACUGUGAAAGGAAACCGGAAGGACUGUAACUGUUGCUGGAAAUGUUCUAUAUUGAAUGUACAUGCUCUUGUUGGAAAAAUGUACUAUAUGUGAUGGAAAUAAACCAGACUCGAAGUUAUUUCAGCUAAAUGUGCUCAACAAAGGUGCAUUGGUUGAAACUUCAGUGUUUUAUUAUCAAA